AAUAAUCAAAUUCAUGGGCCUGAUCCACACGCAAGCACAGCCCAGCCUGCUGCAUAAAAACCAAAACAAAAUGGCCAGUACAAGUGCAAAACCAUUUGGGUCAGCGCAUGGCCCAUUAAGCAUACUAAGAUCUAACAAUAUAGGCCCAGGAGAUAAAAGGUAAAUUUGCUAAGGCCUCCCCCUCUUUAUAACAAUCUACAUGAAUAGCACUACGCAGAUUGAAAACCCAGGCAUAAAGAAGGGAUUUGGAUAUUGUGGCAGUACAUUUGACAUUCUUCUUUACCACAUAUUUGAAAUUUUGAGACUCGAUGAAAUUCAGUAGAAGGAAAAUAUAAUGAACAAAAUCUACAAGUUGGGCAACAUGAUAAUCCCACUUAGGAGCGUAAUCUAAUCUCCCAAUUGCGAUAAUGGGAAUUCUACUUCGUCGAAUCACCACAACAAUGCGUUAUUGGCUAUUGAGAUUAGCAGAGUUGGAAAUACUUUCCUUCUGCAUAGCUAUCCCGAACUCCAAUGAGGCAUGUUUUCCAUUGCUUCAUUUGAAACUUUUGUUUCUAACUCCUGAUGAUAUAGGGAUGUUAACAAGCUCAAUAAUGGUGUUUCAUCACACCAUUAGUGAUUGCUGUCAUACUUUAGUUACAAGCAUCCAUCCCCAGUAGGAGUUAAAAACGUAGAGCAUCAUUUGGUAUCACCAUAAAAAAAGAAAAAAAAAAUUGAAAA